AUGGGCCCCUCAAUACGCCAUCCUCAGAAGGAGCUUGGAGGUUACCAUCAACAUGCACAGAUACCUGCAGCGUACGAAGAUUGCCGGCAGAUAUUCGACCAGAUCUCUUCGGUGACGGAGGCAAAUCGUCAAGUAUGGGAGGGCAAUGUCGAUUUCCUCGAGAGCUUCAAAAACAGCCUGGCACAUUGGGCCAACGUCCACCACGCCGAAAAUGGCUCGCUAGACCAUGCUCUGAUCUUGGAGGACCUCCAGAUCACCGCCACACCUUUACUCAGCCCCGCCCUCCUCGAGAAUAAUUGGUCCUCCUACUUCGGCCGGCAAAGUGACCUCAGGAUAGUUUCCAGAUUGCCAGUCUCAGACGAGGUGCUGAAAGAGAGACUUCCUCCGAUUUCACCUUGGAAUCGCUACAAGGGUCUUAAUGCAACGCAGAAACUUCCAUUCCCUUCUGAUAUGUUCUCCAGUGACGUCCUACUUGGCGAUGACAAGGCUGAGAUUCGACUGGCUGCCCGUUUGUUUCCGAAAGCUCCCGAACAGCUGGGGCAGAGGCUUGGACACGCAAAUUGGCUACGCAAAUGCUUUUUGAGGAGUCUGAGAGCUGGCAAAUAUCCUGGAAGUCGAGCUAGGACGGAUACCACACUUCCACAGUCUGGCAGGACGCAGAAUGGACUUGUCGAAACUCUUGAUAGCCCUUGA